GGUUUGAGCUCUUCUGUUCCCAGUCCCUGAAGCGCCUGAGCGAUCAGCUCGUUCCAAGUAACAGAUAAGGAGAAAAGCCCCUCCCUCACAUCUCUCUUACUCUGACCUCAUAACCCAAUGGUCCUUAAUCUCUACUACGUGAUAUUGGGUAACAUCUGCACGUCAUAAAACACAAAUGUGUGCCUGAUCAAAGAACGUUUAAUAAGGAGAUCAACGUUGAAAAUAAUUAAAAAAAGGUGCGCUCAUCCCGCGCCGACUCAGAUCCCUAGAUCAAUAAACCAAAAAUCAACCUUACACAAUACGACACAAUAUCACAAUACACAAAUACACAAAGCGCGCAACGCACAUACCUAGCAACGCACAUACCUAACACAUACCUAACACAUACCUAACACAUACCUCCCGCACGGGAAAUAUUUACACUUUCUUGUUCCUCGUCGCUCGUCCCCCGUCCCCCUUCCCCCCACGCCGCACACACCCGACAAGCCCCGACGUGCCCCGACGUGUAAUGCAGCAUUAUUAUCCGUCAUGCUCAUGUGAGGUACCUAACAUAGAUAAUACCUGCAGUACACGACAAUCCUUAGUUGUGCCUCAUCUCGCCUCUCCGUAAAUGCCGUCACCGUCAAAGCAGCGGAAGGUUGCCAUCGUUGGCAGCCGAUCCGUAGGCAAAUCUUCUCUGGCGGUGCAGUUCGUCGACGGCCACUUCGUCGAGAGCUACUAUCCCACCAUCGAGAAUACCUUUAGCAAGGUCAUUCGAUUUAAGGGUCAGGACUAUGCUACUGAAAUUGUCGAUACCGCCGGCCAAGAUGAGUACAGCAUCCUGAACUCGAAACACUUCAUCGGCAUCCAUGGCUACAUGCUAGUGUACUCGGUCUCCUCGCUACCGUCGUUCGAGAUGGUGCAGGUCAUCCGCGAGAAGAUUCUCAACCACCUUGGCACAGAUUGGGUCCCAAUUGUCAUAGUAGGCAACAAGAGCGACUUGCGCCCCGAGCAACGCCAAGUUAGCCAGGAAGACGGCAAGAAGCUGUCGGAGAAGUUCAACUGCGGAUGGACUGAAGCCAGCGCGCGUUACAACGAGAAUGUCGGUAAGGCCUUCGAGCUCCUGAUCGCCCAGGUGGAAAAGUCACAGAACCCGAACGAGGCAACGAACGAGGGAAAGUGUCAGGUGAUGUGAAAAACAACAAUUUGAAGGAGGAAACCAAGGACAGGUUUCAAAGGAAAUACUACUACGUUGGAAUACCAAACGAACAAGGACAGCACAAUGGAACGUUUGGAACGUUUGGAAGGCUAGAAGGGGGAUCUCUGAGCCGCCGCAGGGUGGUGGAAUCUAGGUCUAGGUGCUACUGUGUUUUCGGACAGGUUACUGCUACUUUUUUCUUUCGGCUUUGCAUUAUGAACCACACAGGUUACUAGUUAUGAUGUCUUGAAGGACAGAGACGAUAAUUGCCAUGACUUGUAUAUACUAGUCAGAGCUUCAGGUCUGGUUA